UUUCCAACCAAAUUUCAAUGGAAGCGGGAAGAAGCUUUCUCCGGACUAGUCCUCUUCCAUGGGCACCCAAACGCACUCUCCCUCGUCGCUUCGACCUCGCUCUUCCUCACAUCGUUAGGGCUUCUUCUUCUUCUUCUACAGAGAAACGUUACAGAGGACCAAAGCCGACGAAGGACUGGGUCGCCGAUUGGGUCUCGAAGAACGACGACCUAGUUCGGAGCCUACCGAUAUACGUCGGAGGCGUCUCGCUCUUGGCCGUUCUCUUCAAUCGCACGCUCUCCGGCAUUGCUCCGGUCGCCGAUGCCAGCAGUUCGCAGUCGAGAGCUGAUCUCUUGACCCUUGGAUUGGCUGUUACCAAUAUUCUAGCCGGUCUGGUAUGGCUGUCUAUCAGACCGAAAACUAUUUCCAUUGUAGACCCUGAAGGGAUCGAAUGCCAAAUAGUUAAUCCUGAUCUUCCAAACCCCGUAGUUUCCGAGUUACUCUGGUUUUGGCAGUCUCUCUCCGACGUGACAUGUUGCAGGUCUCUUGUUAUUGUUUAUAAUAGCAGUUGUAUUAUUCAGCUGGGUUUCGCAGCCGAAUCCUUGAAAAGCGAUAGAAAGCCUGCUUCUGUGGAUGCUAGUAAAUUGGUGCAAGGAUCACUUUAUCAUGGUGUCAUGAAAUCAGGAGCUCAGAGCUACUUGGCCAACCUAUCUCUUUAUCCUGGAAAGUCUGAGCUGCCAUUUCUGCCGUCAAAUACACAGGCAGCCAUUCUGCAGCCACUUGGAGAAAAAGGAAUUGCAGUAAUUGGUGGCGACACAAUUAGGGGUUUCACAACCUCUGAUCAGGCUUGGAUAUCAUUGAUUGGAGAGAAGCUGGAUGCUACUCUGGCAAAAUAUUUGGAUAAUCUACCAUUUGCCAUGCUAGAUCGCGUUUGAAAAUAAUGUACCGUAAGUUUGCAAAUAUAGUACGAGUUUUACAGCGGUUAACCUUA